UUUUACACAUUUUAACCGGAAGUAUAUCACAGAAAGUUGACAUUUCAGGUUCAACACGUAAAUAAAUGAAAUUUUCAUAGGAGUAGGCAAUGAUUCUUCACUCCUGUUGUACUAGAUGAAGUUGUCAACAUGUCAAAACAACCAACAGCAGUAAAGCCAAAGCAGCCAUCCAAAACAACUGCAGGUAAAUCCACUUCCACUACAGCGAGACCAAAGGUUGCUGGUGUGAAUAAGGCGAAGACACAGGACAAAAAUAAACAGGAGAAAAAAUCUCCACGACCAGACAAUGAUGUGAGUGCUGAUGAGGUGCUGGCACGAAGGAUACAGCAGGAGCUGCAGGCUGAACAGGAGGAGCAGGAUGCAGAGCUGGCCCGGCAACUGCACCAGCAGGAACACAGCAAGGCACAGCAGAUGAUGAGUUUCCACCAAUCCCCUGGGCCCCUGGGACGCCCGGGCAGUGCCACGCCUCUGCAGCAACUCUUCUCAACCAUGUUCAACAUGCAGGUCCGCAAUCAGGAACUAGAGGAAGAGGAAGAGGAUGAGACUGACCUCAACAUGCCGACCAUGAACCCUAACCCCCUGUUGUCCUUGAGGGGGAGGUCCUUGCAGGUCCCCCUGAGCAGAACACAGGAGCCCAUGGGUAUUGUGGAGGAGGAGGCGGAUCCCAGCCCUGCAGCCCCAUAUAGGGGGACCAGGUUCCCAGUAAGGAGAGGUGUAUCUCUACUUGAGCCCGAGGGUGCAGAGGGAGGCAGUGACCCAAUGCCAGGGGUCAGACUCAACCCUACAAGGACCAGGUACCCUGGCGUGCGGGGUGGGCGGAGAAUCAUAGUCACACAGCAGGGCACAUCAAGCGGCUCUGAGAGACCUACCAGUGCCAUCGUCAGACCAGGCAUGCUCGGCAGGGAAGAGACAUUUACCAACCUGCCAGCAGAUGAGCAGGACCCUGACUUCAUGGUAUUUGACCUUGGGGAGAAUGAGCGACAGGGCGAGGCCAACUUCAUCAACAUUAUGCGUGACCCGUUCCUGCUGCUGCUGAUGUUGAUGGGCCGCCGUCCCGGCAUGCUGAUCCCUGAUGAUAUGGACCUCAACGAUUAUGAGGCGCUGUGGGAGAUGGCAGAGCGGCUGGGGGAGGUGCAGAACCGGGGCAUGUCUGAGGACGACAUCAACAGACUGCCCUGUGAGAAGUAUCAGCGGCGAGCCACACACUCACACGAAGACACUUGCAGCAUAUGUCUGUCGGAAUUCACACUGGGAUCCAACCUAGCUGUGCUUCCAUGUAAACAUCGCUUUGACAAGAACUGUCUAGCUGAAUGGCUGAAGAGGAAUGGCAGUUGUCCAGUGUGCAGACAUGAUGUCAAGGCCAGCCAGGCACACUGAUCUUACCCUAGAGAAUUCUGCUGGCAAUCCACACUAUCUACUGAGCACACACGAAAUUACUCCUAUCACAAACUAUUCACAUAGGCAAACAAACGUAUAACUGUUGCUCAAAAGUUACAGAUUACAAGAAAUUUACCUGCAAACUGUACAGCCUCUGGACAAUGAAGACAAGAGCACUUGGCACUAUGGCUGGUUAUGUUCCCUGCGCAUUCUUUAAUCAUGACAAAAAGGGGUGUUAAAGUGAUCUUAUGACUUUUAUAGGAGCCUCUCAUCAAGUUAAAAUUAAAAAUCUGUGAUACAAUAGAAAUAUUGCAUUUGUUAAAUAUGUGUGUUGUUACUGUUUUGUUUGUAUGAUAUUUUAUAGUUUUGAUAUUUUCAAAGGAAACUAAGCAGUUAGUCAUGCUAUGAUAGUGAGUAGACACCAGGUGUGCACUCAAAUCCUUGGCAAAGAUGGUAUACCUAACAGUUUGGUUUUACAUGUCAAGGCCUUUGUAAAACACAAAUUUGCUUCUGUCCCUAAAGCAAUAUAAUUACAAACAGUUAUCUGUACAUGCAACAUGGAUGGAUUUAUUGAACAGUACAUUUUGUAAGAAAGGGUCAUUAAAUGGUUCCUAAGCCUUCACAAUUAUUGCUAGUAUUUCUCUACAUCUGCUCUUGUAAAGUCUUCAAAAUUUUAUGAAUACAUUUUUUUUUCAACAAGACAUUGUAUAAAGUCAUUUUAAUACUUUCAUUACCGCACACAGUCUUUCCUUUUUAUGUCCCCCACUAUAGUAGUGGGGGACAUAUUGUUUUUGCCCUGUCUGUCUGUUGGUCUGUUUGCGCCAACUUUUAACAUUUUGCAAUAACUUCAUAUUUGGCAUGCAUGUGUAUCUCAUGAAGCUGCACAUUUUGAGUGGUGAAAGGUCAAGGUCAUCCUUCAAGGUCAGAGGUCAAAUAUAUGUGGCUGAAAUCGCUUAUUUUAUACUUUUGCAAUAUUGAAGAUAGCAACUUGAUAUUUGACAUGCAUGUGUAUCUCAUGGAGCUGCACAUUUUGAGUGGUGAAAGGUCAAGGUCAAGGUCAUCCUUCACAAGGUCAAGGUCAUCUUUCAAGGUCAAACGUCAUAUAGGGGGACAUUGUGUUUCACAAACACAUCUUGUUUUAGUAUGGUUUGAAAAUGCACAUGUAAUGUCUUUUGCACAUUUGUUGCCUCUAUUGCACAUAUAAAACUUAGACUGAAGAUGGAGCAUUCAUGAUUUACUAGUUCUGGCUACCAUAACUUUAAAUAUUGCUUUUUUAUGAUUUUUGACAGGCUUGACUUUAAAGUUAUGGACCAACCCCAUUAAGAAAGUCAACCAGAAAUUCCCGAAAAGUUGACAGUUAACAAAGACCGGUCCAAAACAGCUUUUAAAUGCAGUUAUUGGCCCAAAUAAACCACUUGAUCGGAAAGAUUGACAUUUUUCACAUUAAACUGAUAUACAUGUGUAUUCUUUCACAAAAUACUAUCUUAAACAUUGAAAAUUUAUCUUUUCUGCUCUAACAUAUCGAGAAAAACAGCGAUGGGACAGACAUUCUUGAAAUGCGAAUCUCACGAGAUUUCACGCUCAUAUGAUGUUAUUUCUAUUUUUAGUAACAUACCAUGUGCUCAAGUGUUUUCAAAUUCAGAAUGACAUUUCACAGUAUUUUUAAUUAUUCUUGCUUGUUUUGUUAACAAAUUGUAGUGUAAAUACAAACUCAAAGUAAAAAAUAUUUAAAAUUACCUGAUUCACUUUGAAAUCAGUCUCACCAGACGUAAGUUGUUAAUCACAAAUAAUAGAUUUCAGAAAACGAAAGUAGUGCUUAAAAUUGCAGCAAAAAAAGUCAAGGUCGAUCCGGAAGUAUCCAAAUGAAAACUCGUCAUGUGACAAAGCGACAAUGGCGUCAAAAUUGUGAAUUUCAGGCUGAUGAGAGUUGUUUUCAUCUAUUGUAAGAUGCAUUUGAACCUUAAAAUAUUCCCCGAUGCAGUAAUUUGUAUUCAUUCACCAAUAAAUGUAGAUAUGUAUCCAAGAAAAUGAACUGUCUCUGAUUUAUAGCGUGACAUAAAUAUGUUACGACUCUGGUUGACUUUUGAUAUGGGGUUCGCUUCAGAGUACAGGUCUGUCAAUACUAUAUAAACUGUACGCUGAAGUUUCUUUAGCUAAUGAUUUACCAACUUCUCAAGAUUCCAUUGGUUUAGGCAGUGGUUUAUUAAUGGUAAUAUAUUUAAUAUUCUCAAAAAUCUGGUUUACCAUUUGUCAUGUUUGAUAUCAAAACAGCACCAAACAUAUGUGUUGUGGUAAUUGUGCGUUAAUUUGCUGAAGUCUUUUGUUCACUAAUUGCUUUGAUAAGAAAAAUGUUGAUUAUAAAAAUGACGUCAGACAUAUUAGUCUGCUGUAAAGUCUGUCAUCAUAUCAUAGAACACAUAUGGACUAGUUGUCCAGGAAAUAUUAUGAUAUUUACUUGUAGAAUGUAAUAUUGCCCCCUGCUACAGCCUUGGUAAAUAUAACAUGCAACUGGUGAAUAUCACAUCAUAUCCAAUGGCAUAUAAGUUUAAUAAAUGCAUUAUAUUUUUCAAAUCUUCAAAAUGAAAAAUGACCUAUAGCAUAUAACAAAAUUAACAAAUAAUAAGUAUUCCAAAGCUGUUAAAUGUCUUGUUUUGUGUACAUUUGAAUGAGGUCAAGCAAGAUCUUAGUUUACACUUAAAAUUUCUUACACGCAAGUUCUCAAAUGUUAAAUAUUUUUAGAACAAUUAUUUGGAUAAUUCAAUAAUUUUACUAAUACCUAUGUAUAACAUACACUUUAAACUUGUGUUUAAAUUUCCUUAAGUUAUGUAAAUUAUAGAAAUUGAUCAUAGUUAAUAUAUACAUGUACAUAAAUGACAUAACUAUGUGAUGUCAAAAUAUUGUUCAUGCUCUUCCCAGUUUUGGGGAAGAAGGAAGUAUUUUGGAUAGAUACAUACGUUUGGCAGCAAGUUAAUCUUCAUAGAUUGAUUUCAGACAAGAAUGCUAGCAAAAAUGUCAGAAGUCAAACAAUUAUUUAUAAAAAUAUUUCUAGCUCAUGGUGAGCUUCUGUGAGAGCCUUUUGUUCGUCGUUUGUUGUGUAUCUUCAACAUUUAGAUUUUUUAACACUCUUGAAGGCCACAUUUAUAUCUCAAUCUUCAUGAAGCAUGGUCAGAACAUUUGUCCCAAAUCAUUGUCGAGUUUGAAACUUAAUCACCAGGGUACCCUUUUACUAAGCAACUUACGCAAGUCUUAGACUUGCGCACAUAUUUUAAAUUAAUUGAAUUUCAUUAAUUUCAGAUUGAGGCAAAUUAAUUUUUACUUGGAAUGUAGCAUAACUUAAUAAAUUUCAUUAAAAACAUUCAAAAUUUCAAUAUAGCAAGAAUUUGAAGGAACUAGACUUGAUUUAAAAUAUGCGCGCAAGUCUACAAAUUGCGUAAGUUGUUAAGUAAAACGGUACCCUUGAGUCAACAAAUAGGUCACUGGUCAGAAAAAGUUUGUGAACACUCGUUAUAUUUGUUGUAUCCUUAUCUCAGGCCAAGUUAAUGCGUCUGGUCUGUUGAAAAUCAUGGCCGCCAGGGGGCAGGGAAUUUUUCCUUAUAUGGCUAAAGUAAAAACCUUCUAAACACUUGUUCUUAUUAUACGUCAGUCGAGUUUGAUGAGAAAACUGGGCUUAAUGCAUGUGCGUACAGUGUUGUCCCAGAUUAGCCUGUACAGUCCGCACAGGCUAAUCCGGGACAACACGUUCCGCUUUUAUGGUAUUUUUAGUUACAAGGAAGUCCCUCCUUGCCGAAAAUCAAGUUUAGGCGGAAAGUGUCGUCCCUGAUUAGCCUGUGCGGACUGCACAGGCUAAUCUGGGAUGACACUACGCACAUGCAUUAAGCCCAGUUUUCUCAUUUAUGUUUUACCAAGAACUAUUAUUAUUUUGAACUCCACCUUCUCACAAGAGUUCCUUUGGGUCUCCGGUGAGUGCUCGUUAUUUUGAUAUUUUUAUUGUGAUUAUUUAUGAAAAAGAUGUAUUUUUGCAGACACAUCACAGAGGGCGCUAAGAAAUGAUUGAUAUAACAAUGAACCGCUGUUUAUUUACAUAAUUUGUUCACCUGAGCACAAUGUGCUCAUGGUAAGUUUUUGUGAUCGCCUUGUGUCCAUUGUGCGGCGUGAACAAUUGCCUUGGUAACACUCUAGAGGCCACAGUUAUUGUCCAAUCUUUAUGAAACUUGGUCAGAAGAUUUGUCUAAAUAAUAUCUUGGACGAGUUUGAAAAUGGUCUGGUUGGUUGAAAACCAUGGCCACCAGGGGGCAGGUCAUUUUCAUUAUAAAUGUAUGGCUAUAGUAAAACCUUGUUUACAAUCUAGAGGCUACAUAUAUUGUCUGAUCUUCGUGAAACUUGGUCAGAGGAUUUAUCUACAUGAUAUCUUGGACAAGUUUGAAAAUGGUGAUGGUCUGUUGAAAAACAUGGCCGUCAGGGCGUGGGGCAUUUUUCUUUAUAUGGUUAUAGGCAUAAUUUGUUAACAUUCUAGAAGUCACAUGUAUAGUCCAAUCUUCAUGAAACUUGGUCAAAACAUUUGUUGAAAUGAUAUAUUGGAUAAGUUGGAAAAUGGUUGGUGGCAGGGCAUUUUUUUAUGAUUAUAGUAAAAAAUUAUUAACUCUCCAGAAGUCACAUGUAUUGUCCAAUUUUAAUGAAACGUGGUCAGAACCUUUCUUCUAAUGACAGCCUAGCUGAGUAAAGAAAUGGUAAUGAUUCGUCGAAAAAUAUGGCUGCCAGGGGUUUUGUAAAACCUUGUUAAUACUCUAGAAAUUACAUUAUUAUGAAACAAUCUUCAUGAAACUUGGUCAGAAAUUUGUUCUAAUGAUAUCUGGACCGAGUUGGAAAAUGCUUCCCAUCUGUUAAUAAAGAUUGCCACCUGCAGACUAAGCGUUUUUUCUUAUAUUGCUAUUUAGGGUUCUCCCAUUAGGGUGUUAUGGUAUUAAUUUUCCACCAACCCACCAUUUGAUGUGUCAUAUAAAAAUUCAGUCAAAACAUUUGCUACUUAAAUUAAUAUUUAGAACUUGCUCAACAGGUUUUAGAGUUCAAAAAUACACGUUUUCAUCAAUUUGUUUAUCGAUUGUCUGACCGAUUACUUAUUUUUAACUUGCUCAACAGGUUUUAGAGUUCAAAAAUACAUGUUUUCAUCAAUUUGUUUAUUGAUUGUCUGACCAAAUGCUUAUUUUUACAAUUUACUUAUUUUUGAAUGAAUGUUUACUUUUUGUGUAAAUUAAUGUUAUGUACACAUUUGUGAUUUUGGUCAAUCUUUUUCCUUUAGCAUCCUGUUUUGUAUGUACAUAUGGUGAACACAUAAUGACAUUACAAGAAUACUGCAGUAAGGUAAAAAAAAAAUUCAACACAAUAAUUGCAUAACAUUAAAGAAACAUAAAUACUCAAAAUCAACGAAUAUUUCCUUAAAUAAAGUUAACCCAUAAAAAACCGUGUUCGUUAUUUAUACAUUUAGCAAUAGCCAAAAUGUCAACGCUAGAUGUGGUAUGUGUUGCAUAUAUUGUCCCACAAAAAAAGGGCAAUUUGUAUUGUGUUAAAUCUAUGUUACCAGAGCACAUCUAGCGUUGAAAUUUCGGCUAUUGCUUUAAGGAACUUUGAGUUUUUAUGUGUUAACUUUAUUUUUUCGAAAAUAUUGUACAAAAUAAUUGUUGAUUUUGAGUGUGUAUAGGCUUCUAACAACUAUGUUUUGUAUUGGCAAAUUGUGCGAUUAUACUUGCGCAUUAUCCUUUUUGUUGCGAUGUCAGCGCUGGGCGCCUGGUUGCAUGCAGGGUCAUUUUGGCACUUGGAAUUCUAACUUGUACAUACCUGGGCGCCUACAAUUAAUGUUGCACUUGUUUUGCACUUGCUUACAAGAAAUUUAAUAUGUUUCUUGUGCAACUAUGUGAACCUUAAGUAAAACCAUAUGAACUCUCUAGUUGAUAUUUGGAAAAGUUUGAAAAUGGUUUAAGAAACAUCUCAAAUUGUUUCUGAGAGCAUUCAGUUCCCUGAAGUCUCAGGUGAGCGACCAUGGGCCUCUAGCCCUCUUGUGUCUGCCUCUGGCCCUCUUGUGUCUGCCUCUGGCCCUCUUGUGUCUGCCUCUGGCCCUCUUGUUUUAUAUAAUAAUUGUAUGGCUUGCCUAUGGGAUCAUUUUAGUCGCACAUAUCCAUACUGUAUGCCAAGGGUACAAGUUCAUUCAUGAGAACAUGGCAAUAUGAUUUCAGCAAGAACAACAAAAAGAGACUUCAUUCAGGUACAUAGAAAAUGAUGUGCCUUGUUUGGGAAACCAUAUCUUUCCACUGGUUAUCAAUUUAUAUACUCUGUUCUUAUUUAUUGCUGUAGACUUUAUUAAAACAUUUUAGGUUUGUUAAUACAGCAUCAUUUCUUGGGUGUUAUUUUACUUUGUUUUUGCUUUUAUAUUACAAUAGGAAAAUGUUACAAAUAAACUACGUUUUUAUGUU